AUGUCAACAGAUUCUGUUGCGAUGUCCUCCGGUUCGGCGCCUACCUCGGCCCCCGGUUCGCCCAAAAGCCGCCUCAAGUUCCUCUGCAGUCACGGCGGCAGAAUCCUCCCCCGCCCCUCCGACGCCCACCUCAAAUACGUCGGCGGCGAAACCCGUGUCAUCUCUGUUCCUACGGACAUUUCUUUCCAGGAACUCAUGAAAAAACUCACCUACCAAAUUGAUGGGGAGAUGAGGCUCAAGUACCAGGUGGGUUCCGAGGACCUCGAUGCCCUCGUCUCUGUCGGGUCCGACGAGGAUCUCCGCCACAUGCUCGACGAUAUUGACCGCCACAACCGCUCUUCCCUCCCCAAACUCCGUGCCUUCCUCUUCCCUCUCAACCCUUCCCCUGACCCUGACCGCAACUCCCAGGCCCCCGACCACCAGCGCUACAUCGACGCCAUCAAUGGUGUCAUCCGAACAGGCCGCAUUCAUGCAGUGCAGCAUGGCUCGAGGGUCUCGUCCGCCUGUUCCUCCCCCCGCUCACCCGACAGCUGUACCUCCGAGACCUUAAAUCAGGAACCUGUGGCCCACAUCCCAAGCAGCUACUAUUUGAACACUGGCCGGGCCGCGACCGGCGGCAUGCACAGGGUCAGGAGCUCGCCCAGCAUAUGCAGCCUCAGCAAUGGCCCACAGCCGAACAGCAGUGGGGGCCCGCAUUGUCAUCAUUUUUCGCCUCAACCCAGCCCAAGCUUUUACUACGGGCUGGCGAGGCCCAAGAGCCCGACUCCCGAUAGGCUGAUCUCGGUGAGGUCGGUGGGGCGGGCAGAGGGGGUGAGGUACCAGGUGGAGCCUUUGCCCGUGCAAUAUUAUUCACCUACUGCUGCUUCCAGGCAGAACAGAGGGAAUGGGUUGUUGCAGUGUGAUGAGUGGGGCCAUGUUAUGGAUAGGAGGACGAUGGCUGACAGGAAUGUAAGCCUUGCGACCAGCCUCGUCUCGGCCAGCCCGCUCGGGCAGGGCCACCAAGCCUGGGAUAGGGAUGUUUGA